UUUAAUCCCCGAACACUGAGGUCAGCACCGUUGCCCCCCCGCUCAGUAUAUUUCGCAGCACUGGAACUCUUCCAACGACAAACACCUUGCGGCAUUACGCAAUACCAUCUUACGACCAUACUUCAAACUCCAAAUCACAGAUCCUCUGGGUGUCCUACCUCUCGCUUAACAUUCCAUUACAACUCAUCACUUAUACUUUCAAACCACAAAACAAUAAUGUCCCUCGGCGCUCAAUCAUUGUUUGACGACUUCAAUUCCUCCUCGGAGGACGAGGAUUUCGCUCCUGCCUUUUCUUCCGAUGAUGGGGACUUCAGUCACUCUGAGCCCGACGCAAGUGACGACGACAACGAAGCUGCCAGUCCCAUUUUGCCAGCUCACAAUGGGAAAGCAGGCAAGCGCAAGCGAACGGACGGCAGCAAGUCCCCAACAAAAUCCAAGAAAGCGAAAAAGCAACCCAAACCGACGAACAAAGCCAAAACCAACAAAUCAAAGAAGCGAGCCGGCCAGUCAGAUGCUUCCUCCGAGUCCUCAGCCAGUCGCGGCGUGACGCAGAAGCAAAACGUCAAAAGCGAAAAGCGAGCAGAGUCUGAGGUUUCCUCCGACUCCUUGACCAGCGGCGAAGCCGCCCCGAAGGAGAACGGAAAAGGAAAGAAGCGGGCCGCGGAUUCGGAACCUUCAUCGGACACCUCUGCUACCCGUCCAUCCAAAAGACGCAAGGCCGGUGCACCCAACACUGACACAAUGGCGCUUUUAAAGGCUUUGGAGGAGCAGGACGAUUAUGAUGAGGAAGAUGAUGAGGAUUUCGUUCCGCGAGAGGACCUGGAUGAUGAUGAUGACGACGGGGACGAUGAUGAGCAUACAAAUGGAGAGGAAUCAGGUGAUGACGAGGAGGAGGAUGGGAGUGAUGCGGAAGAGGGGGAUUUAGAGGAAAGCACUAAAGAGGGCAUCACUGGGGGAGGUUUGACAGCCAUGUCAGCACUCUUAGGCCCAGGGAACACGUACCAGCGCUUCCCAGUUGCUAUCCCCAUUUUCUCGCCGGAGUUUAACGCAUUCAUGGACCGCAGAAUUGAGCGUGAGGCGAUAGCGUCGAAAGAACUGGCCGAUGUCACUGCCACCCUCAAGACCAUCCGUGCCCAAUGCACCUCACUCACCAGCACGCGAAAGGAGCAGAUCAAGCGAAUCCAGGUAGCACAGGAGGAUAGGGAUGCAGGAAUCCAAUAUAUAACCUCCAUCCAACGUGCUCUGGCAGAUGCGUUGUAUGAGGGCGUGUUGGGGUUGGUGGCAGGGGUUGGGAAAGACGCACAGCCGCUGGGGAAAUUACAGGGUGCCCAAGUUGCUGCUUUUCUCAAAGCGUUCAAGGAGAAGGUGGCGGGGACGACUGAGUGAUG